UAGCAAACAGCAAUUCAUUCAUUCAUUCACUCACCCAUCUCUUUCACUUCCCCUUUCCCAAUCAUUAUUUCAUUUUUUUUUAUUUUUUUUAAAAUUUAUACUCCAUUUUCCCUAGUUUCCUUCUAUAGCAUCAAAUAGGGUUUUCUGAUUUUCAGCAUAUAUUAAUCCUCCUUCCUUUCUCUUGAAGCCCUCUUUUUAGGGUUUCAUCUUCAGCCACUGAACAAGAAGGUGGGCUUGUUCAAGGUUCAAGGUAGGUGAGAAUCGAAAAAAAAAAAGUGGAAAUUUAAUCUGAUUUUGUCACUAUCUACCUGCUAUUAUUGAACAAGGAUCGGUGGUUCGUGUUGUGAAAUCGUCUUUUAGCUUAAUCCAGCAUGACCCACUACUAAUUAUCUUCUGAAACUGUUGAAUCUGAAGCCAAAAUUUUCGACGUUUUGGAUUUUAGCUUCUGGGUAUGAAUCUUUCAUCGUAAAAAAUAUGAUUUGGGGUUUUGUUUUCCGUGAAGAAAAACUGUAGAGAUCUCUUCACUUCAAUGGUGGCAAAUGUUAAACUUUCUUCGAUGAGAUAUCAAAUCUAUAAAGAAGAUGGGUUUAUCGGAUAUCAACAAUCGAUGCCUUCUCCACCUUCAUCUUCAUCGUCGUUUUCACCUCCAUUUACUGUAACUUUCCAUAAAACAUCAUCCCCUUCAUCCUCUCCAAAAAUCAGCCCAGCUGUUCUAUUCAUUAUCGUGAUUUUGGCCGUUUUGUUCUUCAUCUCCGGUUUGCUUCACUUACUCGUUAGAUUCUUAACAAAACACAACUCUCAAUCGCACUCAAAUCAAUCAAAUCGAUUCCCAGAUGGGUCUCCAUCCGACACACUUCAACGACAACUCCAACAGCUUUUCCAUUUACAUGAUUCCGGUUUAGAUCAAACAUUCAUCGACGCUCUUCCUGUUUUUAUGUACAAAGAAGUAGUCGGAGCUCACGAGCCCUUCGAUUGCGCUGUUUGUUUAUGCGAGUUUUCUGAAAACGAUAAAUUGCGGUUACUCCCAACGUGUAGCCAUGCUUUUCAUAUCAGUUGUAUAGAUACAUGGCUUCUAUCGAAUUCGACAUGUCCCCUUUGCAGAAACACUCUUUUCGAUCCUGAAUUCUCCAUGGAUAAUCCAAUUUUCGAUUUCGAUGAUCCCCGGGAAGCAGAUGAGAUUAGGGUUUCAUCAAAAACAAUUGAUCCCGAACAAACGCCGAUUGAAAAGGGGGUUUUUUCUGUCAGACUUGGAAAGUUCAGAAAAUUGACUGAAAGUGAAGGCGAAACAGGAGGUGAGACUAGUAGUAGUAAUUUAGAUGCUCGAAGAUGUUAUUCAAUGGGUUCUUAUGAGUAUGUUGUGAGGGACACGAAUCUUAGGGUUCCAUUGAAUCAUCAUCAAAAAGAUCUCCCGAAUUUGAAAUUUGUGAAAGGGGUAGAAGAACGAAUCGCGGAUCAUAGAAUGGAUGAAGAUAUUGAGGGGAAAAAGAUUAAUAUUGGAGCAAAAACGGAUAGUUUUUCGGUUUCAAAGAUUUGGUUAUGGUCUAAGAAAAGAAAAUUUGCGACUUCUUCAGAGAAUCAUCAUAUGCAUAAUUUGUCUGCAGUUGAUAUGGAAUUACCACGAAUUGGGAGAAUUCAAGGUACAUGAAAAAAAAAAAAACAAAAAUGUGUUGUUUUUCAUCUUUUUAUGUCUACUUUUUCUUGAAUGAUUAGUAGUUAAUUAGUCAUGUGUUCUUGCUACAAUUGGUGAUGAUAUCUUAUAUUAUGAUGCAAAGAUUUAUAAUGAUGCUUGAUAUGUAUUUCAUAUUUGGGUGCAUUAUUUGCAAAUUGGAUGUAAAAAGAAAACGUAUUUUGAGUGGGA